GAAGGAGUCCCUGCGCUCAUGGAAUUUCCGGCUUCGAGAUCCGCUAGCGGCCGAUCUUGGCAGAUAGAGGGGCACCAAGGACCCCACCUUAUUUGAGCCGCAAGUAUGAUAUGGCUGGGGAGGGAAGGCAACGUAUCAUACCGUGUGCACAAAAGUUUUUCCCAGAGGACCUGGCACUCGUAAUGCUAGCUGCCGCGUAGUCGCUGUGUUUGUUAUCUCUUCUGUUUCCCAUACUCCCUCCUUUCCCCCUAUUCACCCCUCAUAUCACCUUCUUUUCUUCGUCCUCCUCGCCCUCCCCCUCCUCUUCGAUCUCGAAGUAUUCCUAUCUCUCUGCCGCCGCCGCCCGCUCCUUGCCCCUCCAGUGCGUUCUUCCUACAAUACUGUACGCUUUGUGGUUUGUUGUAGUUGUAGGAAGGCUCCCCGCAUAGGAACUAAUCAGCCCUCCCCCCCCCAAUCCUUCUCGCCAAAGGUGUCUGGUUUGUUCUACUUUGUAGUGCAGUUUCAUCUGGAAAGAUCCGGAAUGGAGCCUCGAUCGGGCCCGGAGGCUGUUGUGGAGGAUUGGUCUGCUGUUUUUGUCCAUGCCGGAGCCGGUUAUCACUCCAUUCCCAAUGAGCCUGCUCAUCGUGAAGCUUGCGCCUCGUUAGUAACCUGUCUCCUUCCCCCCGUUUUAUUUAACCUGGUGAGGGGGACUGCUGCGCGAUUUGAGGGUUUUCUAACUUCCAAUUUUUCUCACAGGGCCUGCCGGGCUGCAAUUGUGUUCCUCAAGAAUGGCGGGUCCGCCACGGAUGGCGUUGAAAUGGCUUUGAAAAGCUUGGAAGAUAAUGAGAUUACCAAUUCUGGUUAUGGGAGCAAUUUAUCUUUGGAUGGGACAGUCGAGUGUGACGCCUCCAUUAUGGAGGAGAGUGGGCGUUCUGGAGCUGUGGGAGCUGUUUGGGGUAACUAUUAUCUUGAUCCAUUUGUAGGCCUCAUUGGCUAUUGCCUUUAGCGAGCUAACCGGUUCAUAGCAUUUAAAAACCCUUCGGCGCUCGCCCGCCUUGUCCUGGACAACACUCGUAAACCGCUAUCACUUAAGAGGGUCCCUCCUAUUCUCUUAGUCGGCCAUGGCGCUCUUGCCUAUGCGAAGGAACAUUUGUUCCCCGAGGUUGAUAACAAAGUGCUCGUUACUAGGCAUGCACACGCUCGUUGGAACAAGUGGAGAAAGGAGCUUGAUAUAUUGGAGCAACAGGAGCGGGCGACCAAUAAGCGCCAAAGAGUGAACCGACGCCUCAGCCCUGCAGCCAAGCCGGCCGCGGAAAAAGCCGCUGUGAGGGCACCAAUACAUCCGGAUAACGAGGAUCUGGUUACAGAUACUGUCGGUUGUAUUUGUGUUGACCGUUGGGGAAAUGUUGCUGCGGGAAGUAGCUCUGGUGGUAUUGGGAUGAAGCAUCGUGGCAGGAUUGGGCCGGCGGCAUUGAUUGGUGUCGGGACCUGGAUUGCUCGUGAGGGCCAGUCGGUUGUUGCGGCCACAUGUUCUGGUAAGCUCGUUAUUCAAUUCUUUGUAUUUUCAUAGAUAAGUGCUUCUGACGAUGGAUGACGUAGGCACUGGUGAACAGAUGGCUCAUACACUUAUUGCGUCCAAGGCUGUUAGCCGUAUAAUCGCUAUGGAAGACGAGAUCGAGGGCCUAAAGAAUAGUAUUGAGCAAGACUUUAUGGGUUGGCCGGCUCAAUGAUGGUUUGAACGUGUGGGAUACUAUUUGCUAAUGGCUGAUAGGUUCGAGAAUUGUCAAAGAGUCGGUCAUGUCUUCUGCAGUAGGUAUUAUAGCUGUCAAGAUCGAUAAAGAUUCUUCGAAGGGUAGGAUCAAGUUUCUCUAUGGGCACACCACUGACAGUAUGGUAUUUCACUCUACCAUAAUCAUUCCUCGCGGCUCGGUAUCAACGCGAGUCAGUUCUUCGCACUCUAACAUGGCUACCCAUAGGUAAUGGCUCACAUGACCCCAUCCAUGAAGGACCCCGAGACUAUAAUGUCCCGCAAUAGGAAAAACCCCGAAACAUGCCUUGGGGGGAAAUCUAUUCAAACUUCUAAACUUGCAGUGGAGUGAGCCCCCAAUGAAAAUAAUGAUUGGCAAAACACCCACUACCGAAUAGAGGUGAGAAAAGACAUAACGGAACCCGCAGUACCCAAAAGACCCGUUGUGCUAAUUAUACAGUUAUAUGGGCAAAGCCUAAUUAUGUCGAUAGACACUGUUUGACCCUGUAGUAAAGUUACCAGUAGUCCCUCUUGUUCCUUCGCUUUAGCUCUCUAUUCCUUGCUUCCUGGUGGAGAUGUAAAGGUUUUAUUUUGAGUUUCAUGCACGGACAUGUUUGUUGGUUUAGCAUGAGCAAUGGAGGAUCAUUUUUCCUCCUACGAAGCUGGAGUUCCUGGAGUACUAGUGGCAGAUGCCUCGUUCGAAAAGGAGGUGGCUUUCGACUGCUUUAGCUUUUUUGCCUUUUUCUUUUUUGUCAAUACCACAGCGGGCUUUCCGCCGAAGUUCCCAAGGGCGGAGAUGUCGAGUUUGGUGUUGCAUGUCGUGCAGAUGGCGCCUUCGGGUGGGGUGCAGAAGACUGUAUAAAGACCAGCCAAGCGGCGAUUAUGGGCAUUAGCGCUCAGAAGCGUGCAUAAGAUAGAGCAAGUAACGUUGCCACGAGCAAGAUAUUCGAGGAGACGGGUUUUGAGAGGGGGCAGUUUUUUUUUCCGGAGCUUCCGGUUCCCGUGUUUGGUGAAUAUUGCUCGCGGGUUUCGACCA